AUGCAGCACCGCGUGACGACGCGGCAGGUCGAGCGCACGAUGGCGGACCGGCGCCGGAUCGAGACGCAGAACACCGAGCUUCUCCGGUAUGCGUCGAGCAACCAGGUGCAGGCAAUGGCCAACAAGGGCGACAUGGCCGUGCUCGCCAAGCGGCGCGGGAACGCGGCCUUCCAGCGCAACGCCGAGGCGAUGCUUGAAGAGCGCAGCUUUGUCGCCGAGCGCGACCUCAAGCGCAACCUCCGCACAAAAGAGCAGAACGACAGCCUCGCGCGGGCCCUCGAAGAAGAGCGCCGGAUGAGCGAGCGCCGCGAGCGCGAGAUCCAGCGCAUUUGCGAGUCGAGCGAAGAGCUCCGCGAGCUUGAGAGCAUGCUCAAGGUCGCGUACGUCAAUAAGGAGCGAUCUGUGCAGCAGGCCGAGCGCGAAACUUUGAGCCAAAUCGAAAAGUCGCGCGAGAAGGCCAUCGAGACGCAAAUGGAGUACGACCGGCAGCGCGCCGAGGUCGACAUGGCCACCAAGGAGAUCGCGCGGCGCGCCGAAGCUGGAUUCUUGCCCAAAGGCGUCGCACGACAAGUGUCCCGAGCAGGUCUCGGGUCGCGCUAG